UCUUGAAGCCCCGACAGUGGUCCAGCAAGCAGUGGUGACAAUGGUUGGGAUGGAUAGGAUGGUUAGUGAAGAGGAUGCGCAACCACGCAUCCCAAUGGCAACACCAGGAAUACGUCCUAUGGUGGACCCUGAUGCUUUAGGAGAUGUGGACCCGGAGAAGUAUCCACAACCUAAAGAAUCCACCCACAAGAUUCGUGGCCGCUCCGACAUCAUAGAAUUUCUCUGUGGAGCCGUCGACUCCGAACUCUUGACUGUCAAGACGUUUUACUUUUUCUUCUACUCGGCCUUCGGUUCCUUAUUCCCGUUAAUGGGGGUCUACUUCAAGCAGAUGGGCAUGAACCCAGGACAGUGUGGUUUGCUGAUAGGGUCUCGGCCGUUUGUCGAAUUCCUGUCCGCACCCUUUUGGGGCAGUCUUGCUGACAGGUGGCAGAAGGGAAAGAUGCUUCUGCUAGCAUCUCUCUCUGCAUGGAUCAUCUUUACGCUUCCACUGGGCUUCAUCCAGCCUCCAGCCACUUCUUGUAUCCUGAAGGAAAACAACACCUUCAUACUGAAGACACCUGCACCACCUGAGCACAUGUACAAGCGAGAAGUGGACAAACACACUCUUUCCCUACUUGUGGAUAGUGAUCUGCAGAAACUAGGAGCAAGCAGUACUGACACAAACAUGUUUCUCUCCCGGAAUAUUCGUUCCUUUCAUCCACCAACAAAUAUAGGAGAGUCCCCACUUGAUGUGCGAUUUGCAUCCAACUAUAAAGAAAGUGAACAUAGCAGCUGGGUGUCACCACUCUUCAGUUCAAUUGUGUAUCGUACACAGGAUAUUCAGAAAGUCUUCUUUCUGCUCCUCCUUCUGGUGCUGAUAGGAGAAUUCUUCAGUGCCCCAGCUAUCACACUGGCUGACUCAGCUGUUAUCACCAUUCUGGGUGAAGAUGCUGACCGUUAUGGACAUCAGCGCAUGUUUGGAUCUCUCGGAUGGGGGCUUGCCAUGUUCUUUGUUGGUAUUGCUCUUGACCAUUCUACUUCAUUCCCAGAACAUCCAUGUGGCCCAGAUGCUAAAGAGAAGAACUACACCAUUUGUUUCGCCACAUUCUCAGUGCUGAUGGGUGCUGCAUUAAUAACAGCAACACAGAUCACCUUCAGAUAUGAUUUUCCUCCAGAACCAGAACAAAGUACACAGGAAAAGCAGCCUCCAGAGCUCUCACAUGAAGAUGCAAUGCAACAGCAGCUGGCCCAACAGCUAAAUCUGCCACAGCUGGCAGACACCAACAGCUUGCCUAUACCAGCCAAGCCAGCUCCACCCCAGCUGCAGACAAAGAUGUUCGCACAGACAACACGAGAAAUUCCUGAGUGGGUCACAGUUUUGAAGCAAUUUGCCAACCUUAAGUGUGGUUCAUUCCUCUUUGUAUCUUGGUUCAUGGGAUUUGGCAUUGGUCUCAUCUUUACUUUCCUCUUCUGGCAUCUCCAGGACUAUGGAGGAUCUCCAACACUGUUUGGUGUAGCAUCAGUCAUCAAUCAUAUAUCUGAAAUCUUUGCUUACUUCUUCAGUUUUCGACUCAUCAAACAGAUUGGUCACGUGAAGGUAUUGUGUCUGGGGCUAACAGGAAAUGUUCUACGUUUCCUCUACAUUUCCUGGUUAAAAAAUCCAUGGUGGGUUCUGCCUUUUGAAUUCAUGCAAGGCAUCACUCAUGCUGCAGUGUGGGCUGCAUGCUGUUCCUAUAUUGCACAUAACACACCCCAACAGUUGCGCAGCUCGGCGCAAGGCGUGUUACAAGGAAUUCAUCAUGGUCUGGGUCGAGGAUGUGGAGCUGUCAUUGGAGGAAUCUUUGUUAACUACUUCGGAACCACGGCUACAUUCCGGGGCUAUGGCUUCAUGUGUGCACUGGUGUUAGCAGCAUUUGUGUUCAUCAACUUUUAUCGUAAGGAAACUGGUUUCGUGUCCGAGUUACCAGCCGCAGAGGACCCCCACCAGGUGGCAGAAGAAACAGCACAUUUAGCUCCACAUGGAGUUCCGAGCAAUCCAAUACCACGGGCAUUAUCUAGCAGUCGUCUCCAUGAGCUAGCUGGGUCUGACCAAUCAAGCUAUGGUGCCACGUAUCAGACAACUGGUGGAAACCUUGAUAUUCCUGGUCAACAAGGUAGAGGAGGCACCACAAAUCCAUUUCUUCAAAACGGUGGUGGGGGAGGAGGCGACUAUAACUACAGCUAUAGGCAAGGGGACACAAAAGAAGAAUAUAUCAGACGCAAUUUCCAGAUGUAUACUGAAGUGCUGGCCCAGUACGAACACAUGAAGGCCCCACCAGCUCCAACACAACUGCACACCCAGCAACCUGGACUUCAUCAUGAACAUGACUCCUAUGACUGGUGAAAUUUCAUCACCCUUCAAUUCAGCCCCUCAAGAGUACCAUGCAGCAUACAUAUUUAAUUUUGCUCUGACAGCCUCAGUGGUAAAGUGUAGCCCUUAAACAAAAGAAUUUUGUUUCUAAUAUACAAGGGAAAGAAAACAGUCUGAGCCCUUGCCAGGCAGGAGUUCUCAAAAUGGACUCAGUAAUCUCAGUAUCAUUUAUUUAGUCUUUAAGGUCAACUAGUUCUGUGGGAAUAUGAUGUCUGAAGGACUGAAAUGCAGUUUUCCAUGCAGCCACAAUACUCAAGACUUGUAAGUGCAUUUUGCACUAUAUUUAAGCAUGUAAACUGGAAUUUUCUUUUCUCUAAGUCAAGAAACAGAGUCCUUCUUGAGAAGCUGACAGUCAUUCAGCUGGUGAAGAAGUUCCUUGCCUUUCAUGAAACCCAGACAUUCAUUACCUUAGUCACUGGAACCUAUCCUAUACCAGAAUAAUCCCUCCCGUACCCUCACACCGUUUCUUUAAGAUCCAUUUUAAUAUCACCCUUCCAGUCAUACCUAGAUCAUCCAAGUGAUCCACAGGUUUCCAGCAACAAAUUUUUCAUUUCUCCCAUGCGCAGUAUAUGUGCUACCUAUCCAUUCUCCUUUACUCUAUCAUGGCUGUAAUAUUAUGAGGGUCAUCCAGAAAGCAAAGACGGCUAGCACACAUGCCCUAUUUGCUGACUUUGCCUGGAACGUUUUUUUACAUCUUUCCUACAGUCUGGACCUGGCUCCAAGUGAUUUUCACUUGUUCACACAUUUGAAGAAGUGAACACUGGUUCAACAGACUGGCGGCAGUCUUUUAUGAUGCAGGCAUACAGAAACUAGACAUACAAUAUGAGAAAUAAAUGCCUGAAUCUUCAUGGGGAUUAUGUAGGAAAACGAUUUAAGGUCUGUAACAGUGAUAUAAAAUAAAUUUUCUUUAAUUGUAUCCAUUUAUUUAAUCACCAAACGGUCUUUACUUUCUGGACAAUCUAUGUACCUAUUGAGAUGUUUUCAAUUAUACUCCUGUUUAUAAGUGAAGUGCACACAUUUAUGGAAAAUUACUGUUGUUAAUCAUACUGAGCACUGCUCACACAAGAAACUGAAAUGUAUGUAUGUUAUAUUUGUGUGUAUGCAUGUGACAUGUGACUACUCUCUCUGUCUUCCCCCUUACUUAGAUUAUAUUCACUUCAAUAUUCAAAGAUGCACUUCAGUGGAGAGUAAUCACUUUCAUAACAGAUGAAAAUGGAAUUAGCAUUAACCACUCAUGUAUUGAUGGGUGACAAGCACAAUGAAAGGUCAAACAGAUAGCCCACAAGACUGAUACGUUCACCCUCUACAAGGAAUCUUACCACUGUGAGCACUUAAAUAGGGAUCCAUUGUCACAGAUCAAUAAACAUGCAAAAAAAAGGGGGUGGGGGAGGGGAACUGUAACCUUUCUAUGCUUCUGGGAUAUCAUACUGCUAGUACACUUACAGGAAAGUGAGAGUCUGUUAUAAAUAGUGUCUUUUUUACUUGGCAGGGACUGACAAAAUAAACAAAAAUGGAGGAAACUGUAUCUGAAUACCAAACUCUGGAGAUGUGAGACUCCUAAAUGAACAUUAAAUGUUUUUAGGAAGAUUAACAAUCAAAUAUGUAAUCUCUAACAGAGAAUUUAAGGUUGCCAUGCUAAAUAUGUUGAUAAAGAUCUCUGGUGUCAGAAACAGUGCAAACAUUUUGUAUACUGCAUCAACUAUUGUAAGCCUUCAAGAGUAUAACACUGGACUCUAUAAAUGGUAAAAUUCUGGCUCCAAGAAGAGACAUUAAUAAACAGAAGAAAUGGUGUCACGCAUAUACGGAAAGGAUGAUUACAAUUCAAGUUGCUUUUCCUGCUGUUGUUUUCACUACUGCAAAUUAAACAUUAAGUUAUGUGUGAUGUGUGUUAUCACUGCCAUGGUAAAUAUGCACUGCACGUUUUCUGAAAUUUAAAAAUUACAUGUUAAUAACUUCCUAUGAAUACAUUAUUACGGUUAAUGAGAAUGUUAUAUGAGCAGUUUAGUAACUGCCAUUUUAAUUUUUAAAUGCAUUCACUCAUUAUGCAACAGAAACUGGUGUACAUUACAUUACAGUAAACUCUCGCUAAUCUGGAUUAAUUGGGGAGAAAGGUCAUCCAGAUUAAUGAAGCAAAACAUAUAGCCCUACAGGAUAAAAAAACUUAGAAAACAAAUGGAAAAUUUAAUAAUAUAGGCAGUGCUGAUGAAACUAAUUAAACAAUAUCACUGUAGAGCCUUUAUUUAAAAAUUAUAAAAAGACAAGAAGCUGAAAUCCAGUGUCUCCCUCAUCCAGCUGAAGCCAAUCAUGGAUAUUUUCCUGUGUGGGUUCAGUCUCUCCAGCUGCCCUCAACACAGUCUAAAAUUCCUCCUGCUCUAAUUCCUCUUGCUCCUAAAUCCCAUGUGUCUUUUAAAGCAUGUAUUCAACUUGGAUAAGAAUUGUUCAUGUUUUGAUCCUGAUUAUCCAACACCUAGAUUAGCGAGGUUUUACUGUUUUUCUUUCUUCUGACACCAAUUCCUGGGAAAAAAAAAACCUGGACAGAGUAUAUCAACAUGCUGUAUGUUACCAUCACUCAACAAUGACACAUCUUCUAUAGAAACAUGUGAUUGGGGAGAUGUUUAGGUGCAGCAGUAUGGAUUCCUCUGGGUCCCCUCUAGUGUCUCUAGUGUGUGAGCGCGAGCCAAUAUCAUUAGGAGUCUCCAUAUUUAAGCAAAAUAUGGUUAUGGUAUUACAAGAAAAGUAAUUUAGUGCAAUUCCUGCAACCCAUGACACCCUGGUACUCCAGGCAGUGCUCCCACUUACAAUUUAUAUUACUUCACCCUGUCACUUUGUUUUUCUCAGUCAGGACAUAUAGAGACUGACUUCGACUGUGGUCAAUGCCUACAAAACUACAUGGUGUCAUAACCCACAACAAACAAUCUGAACUUCCAUUGCUGCUGCAAAAACCUCAAAUCUCCUGUUAAUUCACAAUAAUGCUUCACACAUUUCUAAUUUUCUCAUAUGAAGAAUAAAAAUACAAAGUAAAGGUCAUAUUAUGUGUGUUUAAAUGUCAUGCCAAAAAAGCAUACAGAAAAUAUGGAGGUAAAUGUCAAUGGAUUUGUGAGCUUGGCAUUAGUGGAGAGGAGAGAGGCAAAAGUGACACUUCUUAUGCUUAGAGCAUGAUUUAUUAUCUCCUGAUAUUUGAGAUUUUUGCUUGUGGUGAGUUGGUGAUUCAGUUCUGUGUGCUCCUGCCCACUUAUAAAAGAGAUACAUGAUUGGCUGCAGUACGGAGCAAAUGUAAAAAUCAUGUGUGUUCAAAUGAUGUUUAUAGGCACAUAAAAGCAAAAAAAAAAAAAAAAAGGUUCUAAUAUUAAGUGCCACACUGAAGAAUUUGGAGUGUCAGCAAAGUGGCACUCUUUGUGGAAUUCCAGGGAAGAGUGCUUGUGAUGUGGUUGGUGGCACCCUAGAAAGGUUUGCAGAAAAAGUCAGUUUGCACUGACCAUUUAAUGACCAAAUAAUGACAUCUCACAGCUACAUAAAUGGGCUCAAUCCAGUAUACACGACCUCAAUUUUGAUUCUGUUACACCAAAUGAAUACAAGGUAGAAGAGGUUCUGUUAUCAAAUUGAUUUACAACAGCUGAAAUUGUACAUGGAACUCAGCAGCUCCAUACAUUUGUGCCAGUUAAGAAGGAAAUACUUAACACAAAAAUGUUUCUGCUUCUCCUAACUACACAGAGAACCAUGUGAUUUUUGUGCUAAAAGACCAAAAGAAUGGUACUACCUGUUGCUGAGGAUUCAAAUAUAUGGAAGUAAAUUUUCUUCAACCUCA